AUGCUCGCGGACGCCGCAGAGGCGGACGCUUGGGGGCGUGCUGCCUUUGACCUUGCGUUGCUCGACGCUUACGAUGGGCGCGGCGACGUCCCGGCCCACCUGCAGCGCGAGCCGUUCCUCGAGGGCCUCUCCCGCGUCCUACGGCCCGGCGGCUUCGCUCUCGCCAACUUGUGGAACGGAUCGGACAGAGCGCGAGCCGAGUGCGCGCGCUUCGCAGCCAAGCUGCGCGCCGCAGUCGGCCGCGUCUACGUGUUGCGAGUCGCGGGGCACGAGCAGAACGUGAUCCUCCUUGCUUGCCGCCCCGGCGAGCGGCAAGGGUCCGAAAGCACGUGCGAUACGAUUCGCUCGUGCGCGUCGUCGCUGACCGAAUGGAGUGAAUGUGAGGCGUGA